AUGGUGGCAAGGUUAGGCCCCCCUAAGUCUGCUGCCGAAGAUGGCAUGGCUGACUCGAGCCAGGAGCAACAGCAGACUAACUUCAACCAACCAGCCAGCAAAGCCUUCGACCCUCAAGAUAUUAAGCCAUGCCAUCGUAAUGAGUUUGAGGACGUACUGACGAACCAACCGAUCGUAAUUGAUAACGGCUCUGGAACCAUCAAAGCUGGAUUCGCUGGUCAAGAUCACCCGAAAUGUUUUUUCCCAUCCUAUGUUGGAAGGCCCAAACACGUCAGGGUGAUGGCUGGAUCAAUAGAAGGCGACAUAUUUAUCGGUAGAAAAGCACAAGAGCUGAAGGGACUCCUGAAAAUCAACUAUCCGAUCGAACACGGUGUGGUUGAUGAUUGGGAUGAUAUGGAACGAAUAUGGAAUUACAUUUAUCAGUCUGAACUGGAAACUGCAUCUGAAGAGCAUCCGGUACUCUUGACCGAAGCCCCCUUGAAUCCUUCUCAUAACCGAGAUCAAGCCGCCCAAAUUUUUUUCGAAACUUUCAACGUCCCCGCCCUAUUUACUUCAAUCCAAGCCGUGUUAUCACUAUAUGCAUCAGGUCGGACGACGGGGAUCGUCUUAGAUUCGGGAGAUGGGGUCACACAUUCGGUGCCAGUUUAUGAAGGCUUCUCGAUCCCACAUUCGAUCCGCAGGGUCGAUUUGGCCGGCAGAGAUAUCACCAAUCAGUUACAACUCCUCCUGAGAAAGGCCGGUUAUAAUUUCCUGACAAGUUCUGAAAAGGAGAUUGUCAGAAUCAUGAAGGAAAAAACUUGUUAUGUUGCACUGAAUCCGGUCAAGGAAGAAAAAGAUCACCACCACGUCGGUGGCGGCGCUUCUGGAUACGGAAGAGGGGAAGAUUUCAAACUACCCGACGGUAGUGUUGUUCGACUUGGUCCGGAACGAUUUCGGGCAACGGAAAUACUGUUCAACCCUGAGUUGAUCGGAGAAGAAUUCCCCGGCAUUCACCAAGUCGUCGUUGAUUCCAUCAACCGAACCGAUCUGGAUUUACGAAAGCAUCUUUUCCAUAAUAUUAUUUUAAGUGGUGGGACCACACUGUGCAAAGGUUUUGGUGAUCGGCUCCUGUUCGAAGUGAAAAAGCUAACUAUGAAGGAUGUCAAAGUGGGAACAUUCGUUAUUUUCUUGGCAACCGCCUUCCUUUUCACCAAGCUCCAUCAUCCAUGAAUCAGACCAAUUCUGCUUUGACCCUGG